AUGCAUGAUUCAGUUGAAUUGAAGGCUUUUUAAAUUGUAAAUACAAGUAGCAUAAUUUUUCAAGUUAAAACCUAAAGCUACAUUUUAAUGAAAUUUCGUAAUAUUACAAAUUUACUAUUAUAAACGGCUUUUGUAUAUUUGGAACAAAGAGUUAGCACAAUUCAAGAAAAGAAAAGUAUUUGUCUAAACUAUAUUCACAGUUUACACUUGUCAGAUUCGGAUAGAACAAGGAGACGAGCGCAAUGCAAAAUAAUACUCAUCAAUAUAAGAUGUAUGUGAAAUAGAAUUUCAAGCUAGGCAAUAAUUGUAACAUAAUGUGCUUUGUUUUUAUCCUGA